CACUCUCGCUCAUGCGUGCCGGCUUGCAACGUGUCCUCGCCACUCGCUACGCUCGCCCGCUCGCCCGUCGAAACUUCUCCUCUUCUCGUUCCCGCCUCAACGCCAACGCCAACACACUCGCCAUGUCCGACCACGACCACGACCACGAGCACCUGCUCUCGCUGGUGCGCCGCAUGAUCCCGCCCCUCUCGCCGAAGCUGCACAAGGGGCAGGCGGGCCGUAUCGGGGUAUUGGGCGGCUCGGGGGACUACUCCGGCGCGCCGUUCUUCGCGGCGAUGGGCGCGAUGCGGUUCGGCGCCGACCUCGCACACGUCAUCUGCGAGCCGGCCGCCGGCGCGGUGAUCAAGACGUACGCGCCCGACUUGAUCGUGCACACGACGCUCGACGCGUCCGCGGAGGACGCGGAGCGCGCGGCGCGCCGCGAGCUCGAGGGCCUCAUGGAGCGGCUGCACGUGCUCGUCAUCGGCCCGGGGCUCGGCCGCAGCGCCUUCAUGCAGGGCUGUGCGCGCAGCGCGCUGCACAUCGCGCGCGAGCGCGAUAUCGGCGUCGUCGUUGAUGCCGACGGGUUGUGGUUGCUCAACUCGGAGCCAGAGCUCGUGCGCGACUGGAGCGGGGCGAAGCGCGUCGUCCUCACACCGAACGUUAUGGAGUUUAAGCGGCUGUGCGAGGCCAUGAAUGUGCCGACGGACGCGCCGGAGACGCGGAGCGGCGAGCUUGCGCGCGCGCUCGGCGGCGUCACGAUCCUGCAGAAGGGGCCGAGCGACGCGAUUUCGGACGGCGCGCAGAUCCCCGCCGCGCUCCGCGGCAGCAGCGGGAAGGACAUGCUGACCGUGUCCGUGCCGGGCGGGCUGAAGCGCGUCGGUGGACAGGGCGACAUUUUGUCGGGCACGACGGCAGCGCUGCUUGCGUGGGGGCGCGAAUGGGCGCGCGGCGCAUACGAGCAUGUGGGGCAUGCGCCGCGCAGCGACGAGGACAAGGCUGUCGCGCAGCACGUCGCGCUGCUUGCUGCCUAUGGCGCAAGUGCGUUCAACCGCACCGUGUCCCGGACGGGGUGGGAGCGGAAGAAGCGCGCCAUGGUCACGCACGACCUCGUCGACAUCGUGGGCGAGGUGUACGAAGACAUGUUUGGGCAGUACCAGGAGGCAGAGAGUAAGGGCAAGCUAUGACAAGUACAUGCACGCUGGGGGCUACAGACGGGAAGAGGCAGGCAAGCUUAGUACAUCUCCAGGCCCUGGGGUCAGCGCGACUCGGCAUCCAUGGGCGACCCACCAUGCCGUCGUUGAUCUCAUAGUCCUCGAGCUUGACGUGGUCCUUGAACAUGAUAUACGCCUUCUUGAGCUGGA